UGGACUGAGGCACUCGCGUUGCCUGCUCCUACGGAGAAAAAUGGCGGAGCCGGACAAUUCUGAGCGGCAGCGUACCAUCACUACCCCCCAGUCGCAGUCCUUUCAGCCUGCCUCCUUGCCCAAACCUGUGCCUACUGUCCACCAUGUGCCACACCCUCCACAUACGCCCCAUGUAGCGGCCCUGCCCACCUGCCCCGGGCGUGGCAAGAUGGCAAAGCUGCUCAACCCGGAGGAAAUGACAUCACAGGACUACUACUUUGACUCCUACGCCCACUUUGGCAUCCAUGAGGUAGGUAGGGGACUCAUCCAUGAAAUAGGUAGGUGGGUAGGAGACUCACCCAUCAGAUAGGUAGGUAGGGGACUCAUACAUGAGGUAGGUAGGGGACUCACCCAUGAGGUAGGUAGGUAGGCAGAUAGUUAGGUAGGUAGGUAGGUAGGUAGGAGACUCAUCCAUCAGAUAGGUAGGCAGGAGACUCAUCCACGAGGUAGGUAGGUAGGUAGGCUACUCAUCCAUGAGGUAGGUAGGAGACUCAUCCACGAGGUAGGUAGAUAGGUAGGUAGGCUACUCAUCCAUGAGGUAGGUAGGAGACUCAUCCACGAGGUAGGUAGGUAGGAUACUCAUCCAUGAGGUAGGUAGGAGACUCAUCCACG